GAGGUGAAGCGCACCGGAGGAACAGAAAAGUCGAUAACCUUCAGGGUCCGAUUUAGGGUGGGUUGACUUUUACCAAUAUUGACCCAAUCAUCGCUCGCCACGUCAUCUGGUAAUCCCUGAACCCACACCGUCUCCGUCUCGCCAUCGAGACCUAAUCGUUUGUCGUCUCCGAACGACAUAUGCCGGCGGCGAAUAUUCCGAUAUGGAUUUCAGGAUCGAAAAUGAUGUUUCUGCUGGGAUGAUGGGAUGUCCAGACGGACUAGAGGCUAACACCGUCGAGAACCAGAAUGAAAUUGGUCAAAAUUCCGGUCAAGCAAUGCUCGAGCAAGAUGAAGUUCAUAAAGUAGAUCCAGAUUCUGCAGAGAGGGAUACCCCUGUAGGAGUUCCAGCUAUGCCAGAGGUCCCAGCAGAUGAGCCCUAUGUCGGGCAGGAGUUUGAAUCUGAAGCAGCUGCACAUGCAUUUUAUAAUGCAUAUGCCACACGAGAAGGAUUCGUCAUCCGUGUAAGUAAACUUUCACGGUCGAGACAUGAUGGAUCUCCCAUCGGCCGGCAACUUGUUUGUAACAAGGAGGGUUACAGGUUACCUAGCAAGCGUGACAAGGUUAUUAGGCAACGGGCAGAGACAAGGGUUGGUUGCAGGGCAAUGAUUUUGGUGAGAAAGGAAAAUUCUGGGAAAUGGGUUAUCACAAAGUUCGUCAAGGAGCAUACUCAUCCUUUGAUGCCUGGAAGGGUUCGAAGGGGUUGCAUUUAUGAUCAAUAUCCCAAUGAGCACGACAAAAUCCAGGAGCUGAUGCAGCAGCUAGCAGCGGAGAAAAAGAGAGCUGCAACAUACAAAAGGCAUCUAGAGAUGCUCUUUGAGCAAAUCGAGCAGUACAAUAAUUCCCUAUCCAAGAGGAUCCAACACAUAGUAGACAGUGUGAGGGAGAUAGAGCAGCAGAACGUAUAGUCUUUCGUUAAAAAUCUCCGGUCAUAUUCUUCACCCAUUGAUUUAAGAGAUAGAUAUGUUCUCAGUUUUUUUCCUUCAGAUGCUUUUGUAUCUUGUCAGAUCAAUUUUGCGCUGUUAUUGCUUCUUUUCCCUUGCUAAUCGUAGGUUUCUUUUCAAACCCACGUUUCCAAGUGUCCUGAAAAGUUUGGUUUUGAUGUAUCUGCAAUUGAUUUUGGUCAGGAAAACAGGGUUUUGUAGGACAAACACAUACAGCCCUUUCAUCCACCCCGUAAGUGAGAUUCAAAGCACCGUUAAGAUCCUCUGUAACAUUUUCCUCUUCUUAAAAUCUGAUAUACAAUUUCAUUUCCAUUUGCGUA